AUGUCGUUGACGGCGAUGACGGUGAAUCCUUCGGGAGAUGUGGACAGAAGUUCCAUCGGAUCCGGCAACAGCAUCGGAGAAAGACCGGUUGCUAAAGUCACCAGGAAACAUACUAUCGUGUAUCCCUCCGCCGAAGCUCCCAAGUGUUCUCAGUGUGAAUCCGAAGGAUAUCGACACUACAACUUCUCAGAAUGCGCGUCCUGCAUGGAGCUGCUGCGGAGGGACACGACCACGGUCCCGCAGAUUCUGGCGAUGAUCCGGCAUUGGAACCCGGUGACACAGAAACACAUCCAUAUAAUGGUUUCCGAGAUCCUACGCCGGGGUUCUAACGUCAACGAUAGGGACGGUCUGACCGACAUGAGCCUACUGCAUUAUGCGGCGAAAAGUGGCGCGCUCGGCGGGAGCUUGGUUGCUGCGCAAACUGUAACUGCGCUCCUCGACCGAGGCGCGGAUCUGAAACUGAAAUGCAGAUGGACCGACAUGACAGCUCUGCACUACGCGGUGUUCUUCGACGUUCCUAACGUGGUGGAGAUCCUCUUGAAGGCGGGGAAACGAUCUGAUCUCGAGUCAAGUUCGAACGAUUUCGAAGGAGGAACCUCCUUGCACAUUGCGGCGGCCAACUUGAACGUUGAGUCCGCGAAGCUCUUGGUGCAGUACGGGGCCAAUGUCAACGCGACAGAUAAUUUGGGACGGACGCCCAAUGAGGUCAUUCCUCCGACCUUGGAUCCGGACCUGAUUCCUGAGGACGCGAUUGUGACCCUGAAAGACUUGCUGAGACCUGACUCCAGAGACGAAAUUCUGGCUUCUCCCAACACCAGUGUUUCUGGCCGAGUACUUCUGCAGUCUCUUGGCCUGAAAAUCGGAGACCCCAUCAUGGUCAGUCCUAACAAGACGGGAAUACUGAAAUACUGCGGCACCAUACACUUUGCGACGGGCGUGUGGGCGGGAGUGGAGCUGGAAGAGCCGUGCGGGAAAAACGAUGGCUCUCUGGCCGGGGUUUCGUACUUCAUCUGCCCCGCCAACCACGGAGUUUUCGUGCCAAUCACGAAAAUCAUGAAACCGAGUCAAGGCUCCGAGUUGAUGGCUCCACCGCGACGUGAGAGAAUAUUCUCCUUUCCAAAGCUCGAUGUAAGCCAUGUGACUUCGAAAGUCCAAACCGGUCUUCGUUCCCAUCGGAGCAGCGACCCGAACGUUGACUCGUUUGAUCUGAGUGUGGGCGAUCGAGUCGUCGUCGGUAACCGGCGUCGGGGGAUUCUACGCUUCGUGGGGGAGACUAAAUUCGCUUCCGGUGUCUGGGCCGGUGUCGAGCUGGAUACCCCCGAAGGGAAGAACGACGGUUGUGUAGGAGGCGUCGAGUACUUCAAGUGUCCGCCUAAUCAUGGCGUCUUCGCUCUCGUCGGGAGGAUACGCAAACUCAUGUCGGAGGAGGAAGGGUCCGACGACUCUGUGAAAGACGCGAGCAUUUCGCGGAGCUCCACCGAAGGUUCAACGACAAGCUCGCGCAAAUCGAGUCUAUCGACGUCGAGAGAAACUCAGAGCAAGGUCGAGAAGCUGCUGGAUAAGGGCGAAAAACAGAUCAUCUCGACAACUUUGAAAAAAAGUUGCAACUGGCUCCGCGAGGGCAUGAACGUUUUCGUGCAGAAAGAGCUCGGGAUCCUCCGCUACAUAGGACCGGUGCAGUAUGAUGAAGGCACGUUUUUAGGUGUGGAGUUCCGACAAGCCAUCGGCAAGCAUGACGGCAGCGUUCAAGGCAAUCGGUAUUUCAAAUGCAAAAACGGACACGGAGUGCUCGUGCGACCUUGUAUGGUCACCAUUCGUGGCAUCAACGGAGCGAAACUCUUUGAGCAGAAAGAACCUGCCGCCAAGGAAAUCACUUGA